AUGUCCAUCAGAUCUCUCAUCGCAGCAUCCAGGUCCAGACAUGCCCUCGCCGCUGCCACCAUCUCUCAGGCAACUUCCAGGGCGCACCAGCACGCCUGCAUGCCUCCUCUGCUCUCGGGGCUUGGACCACUCGCGCGCGCCUUUAGCUCAAGCGCUGCAGUAGCAGAUGUCAAUUCAGGUGUCCGUGUUAUGGAAGGGCAGAUUUUGCCAAAUGUCUACUCCAAAGGGUAUUCUACUCUUUUGGCUCCAGCAAAUGAAGCGCUGAUUCCACCGGAACUUCUAUCUAGCAAGACUGUCUGGACACCAGACCGAGAGCUUGGGCAGUAUGAGGACCUAGUAGCUAGAGUAACAAACUUCCAUAAUGAGGACAACGGAUUCAUGGUUUUGGAUGGUGAUGUUUUUGAUGUUCCAAUUAGGAAGGAUAUCGUUCACAGGGUAGUAAGGUGGCAGCUUGCUAAAAGGCAACAGGGGACACACUCAACUAAAACUAUCAGUGAAGUGAGCGGCACAGGAAGAAAGCCUUACAAGCAAAAAGGAACUGGAAGAGCACGUCAUGGAACAUUGCGUGGUUGUCAGUUUCGAGGAGGUGCAACUAUGCAUGGCCCGAAACCACGAAGCCAUGCAUUCAAGUUGCAGAAGAAAGUGCGACGUCUGGGACUUAAGAUAGCCUUGUCUGCUAGAACAGCUGAGGGGAAGCUCUGCAUCUUCGAGGACCUAGAAGUCCCCAGCCACAAGACGAAAAACAUCGUGCAGUACAUCAAGCAGAUGGACGAUACGAAGAAGGUUUUGUUGGUGGAUGGAGGCGACAUUGAUAAGAAGUUAAAGCUGGCCACUAAAAAUCUUCACUACGUGAAUGUCAUUCCUUCGAUUGGCCUCAAUGUCUACAGCAUCCUGCAGCAUGACACCCUCGUAAUGACUCGAGACGCCAUCAACAGAAUCGUGGAGCGGAUGCACACCCCCAUCAGCCGCUAG